CCUUCCUGUCUAACCAGGAGACUAGAAGCAGAGAGAAGGGCGGACAGAGUUCAAUCUUCAGAUUAUCAAAGCACGAUUUUAGCAGUUUUGUGAUGCUCUUGCAACAACUGGGGAUCAUCUUUGAACAAUUUGGUAUCAGGAUCACCAAAUACCAUAAAAGCAUUGGACAAAGUGAUUGUAACCUCAGUGGAGACCUCUACACCUUUCUGAUGAGCCUCUGCACAGCCUGAGAGACACAUGGAUGCUUUUGAGGGAAUUCACAGCGUCCAUAUUUCCUCAUCUCCCCCGUCUUCAGCCAGUCCAGGAUACGAAGUCCUCAGAGCAGGGAGAUCUGGAAUAGCAGUGUAUUCCUCUGCAGUGUUCUUUGGCACACCUGAUGCCCCGGCCGCCAGACACAGGUACAGCAGGGACACCGAGGAGCAGGGCUGCAUCGUUGGACGGUUGGUAGAUCUGGAUCCAGAGCCUAAGUCCAGAGUGGAGGGAGGAGGCCAGGCUGGGCCCACCUCAGGCCGGGGCCAUGGCGACCUCUCCCGGCUUCGUGGCUCCUCGCUGGAGAUCAAAGAAAAAGAAAUUAGAGAAAAGGGCUCGGAGAUCCUCAGGGAUCAGCUGGACGCUGCAAAGAAGGAACUGAAACUAAAGGACAAGGAGUGUGAGCGUCUGUCGCAGGUCAGGAUUCAACUGGAGCAGGAGCUGGAGGAGCUGACUGCCAGUCUGUUUGAAGAGGCUCACAAGAUGGUGAACGAAGCUAACGUCAAACAAGCAGCAGCAGAGAAACAACUGCGAGAGGCUCAGGGAAAGAUCGAUGUUCUGCAAGCGGAGGUGACGGCGCUCAAGACUCUGGUGCUGACGUCAACGCCUUCUUCCCCAAACCGCCAGCUGCAUCCACAGCUGCAGCCGCCAGGAGCCAGGGGAGCGUACAAGCACGCCGGGGGCCACGUCCGCAAUAAGAGCGCGAGCGGGGCCUUUCCAUCUAUACCUGGAAAACCAGAACCUUCCUCGGUUUCCGUUGAGCCUGCGACCAAAGAGAUCGACUCUGUUCUGUAUGCAGAGUUUUUGCUGUGGAAGGAGAAUCCAAGCGUAGAGCGCUCCUCGGUCUUCUUGAGUCGCAUCUACAGAGAAGACAUCGGACCCUGCCUCUCCUUCACAAGAGCUGAGCUGUCGCAGCUGGUGCAGAGUGCAGUGGAAAACAACUCUUUGACUAUCGAGCCUGUGGCCAUGUCAGCGCUACCGAUGGUCAAAGCCUCCGCUAUCGAGUGUGGCGGCCCGAAUGGCUUUAGAGCAGGGAUAGAGACAAAAUGUGCAUUAAGCGGCAUGUCGCGCCUCUGCCGACAUCGCAUUAAACUCGGGGACAAGGGGAGCUACUAUUACAUCUCUCCGUCCAGCCGAGCACGGAUCACAGCUGUUUGCAAUUUCUUUACUUAUAUCCGCUACAUCCAGCAGGGCCUGGUGAGACACGAUGCGGAGCAGAUGUUCUGGGAGGUGAUGCGUCUCCGCAGAGAGAUGACUGUGGCCAAGUUAGGGUUUUACCUCACUGACCAGGGCUAGAGGACCCGACCGUCCAGCGACGCACCCGAAAGGACGGCGCAUUGCAGGACCUUGAUUAUUCGAGGUCAGGGUUAAACUGUGGUAACGAACAGUUCUGAGAUCAGGUUUUGUUGCUCAGCAUUAGUGCUGCAGCUUCAGAGGUUGAGCAACAAGGGAAGUGUAAACAUGUUCAUGUGCCACUUUUAUGCAAUAUGGCAGCGUUAAACCAGCACAGCUAGAAAGAAGUAAAAGAACACGACUUUAACGUAUUCCCAGAUAUGUAAAAUAUAUGUUCUGUUAUACUGCAGGCCUCCAGUAAUUCUCUCCACCGGUGAGGAGAAUUGUUACUUUUUCUGUACUUCCACGGUGGAGAAUACACAAUUUCUCAUGUUAAUACAAAUAAACUCUGUUUCACGUGAGUCUCAUGAAAAGAUGAGCACAACGAAUGAAAGCAGUGUGUAGAGGGUUGAGUUAGUCUCUUACCUCAAGUAUUACAUACGUUUAUAUAACCAUGUAAUGUAAUCUUUCUCCUGUGAGAUUGACAAUGUCCAAGUGGUUUCCACAAAACAAUUAUUUGGGUUGUUUUCUUUAUUACAUAAAUAUAAUGCUCACAAGCAUCUUAGUUACUUUCGGGUUAUUGGCUCAAACACCGCAGACCUUUUGUCUCAGCAUGGCCUUAAUUUUGUUGCCGCACUACUUGUUCUAGAUGCCUUGUAUGAACACAUAAAUGAAAUGGCUUCAUGUCAGCCUCACCUGAACUUCAUAAUCAAAAAAUAAUGUUAAUGACUUAGUUAUGACACAUCCACGCUCAAAAUAGUGACUUUUACUAUAUAGUCAGAAAAUGAAGAACACGAUUGCAAUAUGCACAACUGUAGUUUUGCACGUUUGCAAUGAAAAGUAUGUACAUGUAAAAGCCAUAAAUUACUUUGCAUGAAUGUAGUACAUAGCCAUACUAUACAGUGUAUAUUGUUUGUACUUCAUAGUAUAGAUUUAUUAUUUGUAUUAAUGUCCAAUUUUUGCAGAAAACGAAAAAAAAUGAAGAUUAUUGUGUCAAAGUGCAAUAACUGCUUCUUAGCCUUCUUUAGGGCUUUGAUGUUCGUACCCUCAGUGUAUUGAUAAUUAAAACACGCCAUUAAAGAUGAGGCAUUGGAGCCUCACUACA